AAAUCAGAAGAGAUGAGCGCGGAGGAAGCGGCGACGACGACGCGGGAGGCCGAGGAGGCCGAGGAGCCCGUCGCCCCCGGUGGGACCGAGGAGACCCCUGCGGUGGAGGAUACAACGGCCAACGACGCGGAGGCGUCCCCCGCGACCGCCGACGCGAGCGAAGACCCCUCCGGUGCCGAAGGUGCCGCCGCCAUCGCGCUCGCCAAGGCGGAGAAGGCUCGCCUCAGGCAGCUCAAGAAGCAGCAGAGGGAGGAGAUCGAGAAGGUCCGCCUGCAGCAGAACGCCGCGAUCGCGAAGGAUAACUCCGGCGGCAAGUGGAAGUAUCUCAUGCAGCAGACCGAGGUGUUCUCGCAUUUCCUCGCGGGCACCAAGGCGCACAACGCAAAAAAAGGCGGGCGCCGUUCGAAGCAGGCUGAGGAUGCCGAGGACCACGAGCUGGUGGAAGCCGCCGAGGAGUACCACGCCGUGCGACUCACCGUUCAGCCCGAGUGCAUCAAGUUCGGCAAGAUGCGCGAGUACCAGCUCGCGGGUCUCAACUGGAUGAUCCGACUCUUCGAUCACGGCAUCAACGGCAUCUUGGCGGACGAGAUGGGUCUCGGCAAGACGCUUCAGACCAUCUCGCUGCUUGGAUACCUCAGCGAGUACCGCGGCAUCACCGGACCGCACAUGGUGGUGGUGCCCAAGUCCACGCUGGGUAACUGGAUGAACGAGUUCAAGCGCUGGUGCCCCAUGAUCCGCCCGUUCAAGUUUCACGGCAACCAGGAGGCGAGGGCGGCGCAGAAGGCUCAGUACCUGGACAAGAACAACGCCUUCGACGUCUGCGUCACCUCCUACGAGAUGGUGAUCAAGGAGAAGAACGCACUCAAGAAGUUCCACUGGAGGUACAUCAUCAUCGACGAGGCGCACAGGAUCAAGAACGAGAACUCCCGCCUGUCCAAGGUGAUGCGCAUGUUCGCCUGCAACAACCGUCUGCUCAUCACCGGCACCCCGCUCCAGAACAACCUCCACGAGCUGUGGGCGCUUCUCAACUUCUUGCUCCCCGAGGUGUUCGGCGAUGCGGGCCAGUUCGAGGAGUGGUUCGGCACCGGGACGGAGGGCGACAACACGGAGGUCGUGCAGCAGCUUCACAAGGUUCUCAGGCCCUUCCUUCUCCGCCGCCUCAAGGCGGAGGUUGAGAAGAACCUGCCCCCAAAGAAGGAGAUGAUCCUCAAGGUCGGCAUGUCUGAGAUGCAGAAGGAGUACUACAAGCGCGCGCUCCAAAAGGACAUCCAGGUCGUGAACAGUGGCGGAGACAGGAGCAGGCUUCUGAACAUGGUGAUGCAGCUGCGCAAGUGCUGCAACCACCCGUACCUGUUCCAGGGCGCCGAGCCCGGCCCCCCCUUCUUCACCGACGAGCACCUGGUGGAGAACUCUGGCAAGAUGGUCCUGCUCGAUAAGCUGCUCAAGAAGCUCAAGGAGAAGGGCAGCCGCGUCCUCAUCUUCUCUCAGAUGACCCGCCUCCUCGAUAUCCUAGAGGAUUACCUCCUAUUCCGUCGAUACAAGUAUUGCCGCAUCGACGGCAACACCGACGGCGACACCCGCGAGGACAUGAUCGACUCGUACAACGCGCCGGGCUCCGAGAAGUUCGUCUUCCUCCUCUCCACUCGUGCGGGCGGCUUGGGUAUCAACCUCACCACCGCCGACACCGUGGUCAUCUACGACAGCGACUGGAACCCGCAGAUGGACCUCCAGGCGAUGGAUCGCGCGCACCGCAUCGGCCAGACCAAGGAGGUCAGCGUGUUCCGAUUCUGCACCGACGGAUCCGUCGAGGAGAAGGUGAUCGAGAAGGCGUACAAGAAGCUGGCGCUCGACGCGCUCGUGAUCCAGCAGGGCCGCCUGCAGGAGAACCAGAAGAAUGUCAACAAGGAAGAGCUCCUCUCCAUGGUGCGGUUCGGCGCCGAUAAGAUCUUCGACGGUACCACCAACAGCACCAUCACCGACGAGGACAUUGACACCAUCAUCGCCAAGGGCGAGGACGAGACCAAGCUCCUCAACGAGAAGAUGGCGGGUUUCACCGACAAGGCUCUCAAGUUCUCCAUGGACGCGGACGCUUCCCUCUACGAGUUCGAGGACAAGGAAGCCGCGGACAGCAAGGAGGCAUUCGAGGGUCUCGACGUGAAGGCUGUCAUCGCUCAGGGAUGGAUCGACCCCCCCAAGCGCGAGCGCAAGAAGAACUACAACGAGUCCGACUACUACCGCGACGUGAUGAACCAGGGUCCCCGCAAGCCCGCCGCGUCCGGCCCCAGGAUUCUCAAGCUCCAGAACAUGUCCGACUUCCAGUUCUACGAGGUGCCCCGCAUCACCGAGCUUUAUAACAAGGAGGUGGCUCGCAAGCAGUACGAGUGGCACCGCGAGAAGCAGCUGGAGGCGCUGCAGAACAACGCCGUGCCCCAGGACUUACCCCCCGAGGAGCCCACCGCGCCCAAGCCCCUCACCGACGCUGAGCGCGACGAGUACGAGCAGAAGUUGAACGGCGGAUUCAAGGAUUGGAACCGCCGCGACUUCCAGGCGUUUUGCCGCGCGGCGGAGAAGUACGGCCGGGCCGACGCGGAGGGCAUGGCGAGCGAGAUUGAGGGCAAGACCCUCGAGGAGGUCAAGGAGUACAACGCCGUCUUCUGGCAGAGGUACACCGAGAUUGCGGACUACAAGCGCAUCCUGGGUAACAUCGAGAGGGGCGAGGCGAAGCUCCAGCGCCAGAACGAGAUGCUCAAGAACGUGAAGCGCAAGCUCGAGAUGUACAAGAACCCGUGGAGGGACCUGAAGCUGGUGUACGGCAGCUCGUCCAAGGUUAAGUCCUAUACCGAGGAGGAGGACAGGUUCCUGCUGUGCUCCAUCCCGGAGGUUGGGUUCGGGAACUGGGAGGAGCUCAAGGCACAGAUCCGCCAGCACUGGCUCUUCCGCUUUGACUGGUUCAUCAAGAGCCGAACCCCCAAGGAGCUUCAGAGGCGCAUCGAGACCCUGAUUAACCUCGUAGAGAAGGAGUUUGAAGAGGUGGACAAGAAACGGCCGGCGGGAGGCGGCGGCGCCCCCGCGGCGAAGAAGCCCAAGGCUUAAUCGUUUGGGGGCGUGCGGAAUUUUUUAGUGACGAGCGCGGGUGUGAGCUCUUGAUGAGGAGGAUAGAACCCAACUCGACGAAUGCAAAGACGAUCUACAGACCCUGUCG